GCAUCUGGAGUACAAGUUGCCGAUGAGGUAUGCCGUAUCUUUUAUGACAUGAAAGUGCGGAAGUGCUCUACACCUGAGGAAAUUAAGAAGAGGAAGAAGGCUGUCAUCUUCUGCCUCAGUCCAGACAAAAAGUGCAUUAUUGUGGAAGAAGGCAAAGAGAUUCUGGUGGGAGAUGUCGGUGUGACAGUUACCGACCCUUUCAAGCACUUUGUGCAGAUGCUUCCUGAGAAGGAUUGCCGUUAUGCCUUGUAUGAUGCAAGCUUUGAGACCAAGGAAUCCAAAAAAGAAGAGCUGAUGUUUUUCUUGUGGGCACCAGAACAAGCACCUCUCAAAAGUAAGAUGAUCUACGCAAGCUCCAAGGAUGCAAUCAAAAAGAAGUUUCAAGGCAUAAAGCAUGAAUGCCAAGCAAAUGGGCCAGAGGACCUCAACCGAGCUUGCAUUGCUGAGAAGCUAGGAGGCUCCCUAGUCGUAGCUUUUGAAGGAAGUCCCGUGUAGAUGUCAUACAGUGCCACAACUCUACAAGCAUUCCAUGUUUUAAUAUAUCAAUUAUGUAAAGCAACCAUUCUAGGCAAGGGUUUUCACUAACUGUAGGGAAGCUGUCUUGUAGAAUAAAGUAGAUUUUGGAGAUGUAGCUCGUAUGUACAAAUGACCCUAAAUAAAUCAAAUCUAAGGAUUUAUCUUGGUGUAUUAGUAUUUGCAUUGGUUUUCCAGCCCAAUACUGUCCCCAAUGGAUUAACACUAAAGGUCUCAAAAAAUUUUGGUCCAGUGCAGCAGUGUAUCAUGGGAUGAAAGGGGGGAGGUGAGAACAAUCCAGUUCCUGUUCUUACUUUUCUAAAUUGUAACAAGCAAAAUUCAGUCAGUCUUUCUGAGGCUACUGGCCAAAUUGCCAAACUCAAAAACUUCCCCUGUAACAGUUUAAUACAAAACUUAAAACCUAUAGUUAAGGUUAGGCUAAAGAGAAACCUGUUGGCACCAACAGUGGGUUAAAUUCUUAGUGCUUGCAGUUGCAGAGCAGUGCUAAUAAUGGCUAAUUCUGAAGUUAAACAGAGAUAAAAUAGGCACACUUUUCUGGAGAAAUAGUCCUAAGCCACUCUCUUGUAAACUCACUGUGCAGUAAUAGUAUUUAAAGGUUCACUUGUUCUGCAAGUUCAAUUUUCUUGUUAUGAAGUGUCCUGAGGUCUCUUCCAGCCUGAGUGAUUCUAUAAAAACUGCUUUUCUGUUGACAUAGUUUAACUUGGAACUACCUUAUUUUCACUAAUACACACUUACUAGCGGAUCAGAUGCUUCUGAGGCUUUUACAAAUGCAGAUUCUUAUAUCGGAGCUCUCCAGUUAUGGGUAGUACAAUGAGAAGGAACCACAUCUUAAAAAGUGGUAUUCUCAGCCCCAGUCUUUGGUCACUUGGUCCAUUUGUCCAUAGUUACUAUUGAUUUAACUUAGUAGAACCAAUCAGCCUGACUAAUACGGCUUGAUCUGGGCUUUUUGUCUGUUAGCUUCUUUAAUUCUGUAGAAAUGCAUGGAAAUAUCACCUACUAGAAAGUUUGACCUGAAAUGCCUUUUGUAUGGGGGGGGUGGGGUGGGGUAGAGAACAUUCCUGUGCCAGCUACAGAGAUCUUGAAAGCUUCCAUGUUUCACCAGUGGUUGAUUAAAGCUGUUUCCUUUGUGUAAUGUGUACAUGGGAGUUGCAUAGAGUUUUCCUGUAUGUCUGUAGAGAAAAAAAAAAAAAAAACCAACCAAAUCCCUUAGCCUCCAGUGCGUUACUGUGAUAUGUUCUGUGCGUGCCAAAUUUGAACAGCCUAAAUAAAUGGGGUUUCCAUCCCCUGGGUCAGUGACUGAUUCCUCUCCAGCCUCUGGAUUAGUCCUGCAGCGGGGCCAGUGCUGCUGGCUGAGCAGGCCGGUGCCCUGCAUAAGCUGGGCGCUUGGGGAGCUGGUAUGCCUUCCCCUGCUGCCGGCCUGUGCUGCUCGCCAGGGAGAAAGGAUGGGGGAAACAGGCUGGAAGGAAAAGCUGGUGGAGGGAUUUGGGGGUGGAAAGGAGGUUCAUCUGUCUGCAAAGUGAGCUGCCCUCCUUGGCCCUGCACCCCUCGCAACCGAGUGACUGCCAGCCUCUGCCUCCCUGAUGGCAACUGGUCUCUUACUUUUAGGCUUUGGACCGUGAUUUCCAUGGCUUGGGGAGCUUCCUGGGAAACACCUGGUAUUUGCAGUCUGAGCAGGAGAAACCCAGCACGUGUCAGUUAUUUUGUGCUGCAUUCCCUGUAGGAACUGAGGGACCUCCCUCUGGCCAGCCCGAUGAAGGCCAGGCAGUUACAGGCUGCCCCUUCCUCUGCAAGCCCUUGCCAGAUGUGCAGGGACAGAAAGCUGUACUGUCCCUGCGGCUCCUCUGCAGCGCUCUACGCUGUGCUGGUUUAUCUGCCGGGCCAGGGAAAUAAUGGUCCAUUACCUAACUCAGCAUGUGCCCUCUCUGGCCAUGCUGCAUAGUUAAAACCUUUAAUUAAAGGCAGGCAUUGACUGCUCGCUGUAACUUGGCACCCAUGCGGGUCACAGGGUUGGGAGCACACGGUUCUCCGAUGCAAAGAGACCCACUGGAGCGAAGCUUUCUGAUUGGGAGAAAAGCACACCGGCCUGGUUCUGCGGGCACUUUUACCCUAUGUUUCAGUCAACUGUGGGCUUGCCCGAGUGGGUAAUCAUCCCCAUGAGCAGCUCCUCCUUGCCUAGGUGUCUGCAGUACUGGUCUCUGUCCAAAGUCCAGGUUGAGAUAAGGAAACCGGAGUGACGGAGUGGGAGUGGUGCUGCCUGACAAACAAAGGGAACUCCCAGCCAAGAUCCAGCUGAUAACCAGCGCCUCCAGACUGCAGGCAUCUUCCAAGAGACACCCUAUAAAGGUAUGCUUUGGUUAGGAAAUGGAGGAGAAGACCCUGCAAAGGGGGAAGGAUGUUGGACCUGGAAGGUAAAAGGGCGCUUCCCACAACGUGAAAGCCCUUCGAUCAGGGGCUCGGGUACCAAGUGCCUUAGUCCCAGACUUUGAGGGAUGAGAGGCCUGAGGUGGCACUUUGGGCCUUGCUUAGGUGUGGUCCCACAGCUUCAGCUGAUCUAAGAGGCUUUGGCUGCUUUCAGGACCCUUGCAGCAAGCCCUGGCCUCUCUGGAAGAGUAUUCCUGUGCUCCAGUGCUGGCAGUAACUGACCUUCGCAGCUAUAAUGCUUCAGGCCUGUCCACAUCAUGGAGUUAGUGGUCCAAACUUCACCACCUCCCAAGAUGGUUUGCCCUUCUGCCUCUCUGUUGGAGGGGAUGAAAAGCAUGGAGAGAUGUUUCUUCUUGGGGCUGUUUCAAAUCCCUCCAGUUAAGGUUUCUCCCAAAUCACCUAGGCCUUCAGAAAAGGCAAGUGGGGACAGACAACAGGAGGAAUGCUUCCUAUAGCUUGGCUGGUUGCUGGGGAGAGAAGUCACUUUCUAACAGGACUACGUGAAGAAGAAAAAGGUGAAGGCAUUCAGAUGACGGACACGGCUCAGAGUGGUGCAAGCUCAGCAGGACCAUAGCCCUGGUAGUGCAGCUCAGGUGCAGCAGGAGCAGAGCUGCUAGAAACCUUUUCAAGUCUGCGUGCAAGGCAAGGGUUUCCUAAAAGGCAUUUUUGUCCACUACACUGGGGAGAGAAGAUGGAGGUGGGAGAUGGAGACUGGUAGUUCAGGCCUGAGUGUGGGCAGCAGGUGCUGUAUAAAUGUCAUUUAGCUGCUCCAGCAAAGGUGAACUUGAGUGUCUAAGCUAUGGUUUGAUAACCCCACGUACCCAGGGUGAAAGGUAGCUCCAGCCUUAGCUGAAAUCAGCAGAAGGAUCCAGCACUGCCAUUUAAAACCACCCCAUCUGGGUGAUUGCUUGAUCUUUAAAGUGCCUGCCUGCAGCACCCAGGUGCCUGGCUGCCGAUCGUGCCUGCCCUGAGUCACAGGCUGACAGGUAAGAAGCCGGCAGACAGCACGGCUCGCCUGGAGGAAAGGAGAUAACCCUCAGCAGAGCCUGUGCCGUUGGGCGCGCCUGUUGCGAAAUCCCACCAGCUCCUGGGAGAGCAGGGGCUGGCCUGUCCUCAGCCCUGCGUGCCAGUGGGUGAGGCUCGGGUUUCUCCUAGCCCCUCGGGAUGUAAAAUCAUAGAAUCAUUUGGUUGGAAAAGACCUUUAAGAUCAUCAAGCACAGCACUUCCCCUUCCACCAAGGUGCCAAGGGAAGAAAAAAAUCCCAGCGGUACCACUCCAGGUAUGGAAAAUUAAGCUAAACAUCUUUCCCCAGAGAUAGGUGGUUUUUUCAGCCUUGCCUAACAAGAUCAGCCCCUCUCUCCUCCUAAAACAGCCAACUCAGCAAUGUGUCCUGGAAGGGGGCACCAUGUCCCUCCACGCUGGGGACACCGAAUCUGCUCC